AUGAUUUCUCGCGAUCCCGCCGCGAGACCAAUCACCCGUAGACUAAGGCGGCCCCCCAUGUCGUCGUAUCACUCCCGAGCCAAGACCAAGACCUUCACGGGCUGCUGGACAUGUCGCGAGCGCAAGGUGAAAUGCGACGAGGGCCGUCCCAGCUGCCAGCAAUGCAUUGGCAGGGACUUAGAAUGUAAAGGGUACGCUCAGCGCCUGCAAUGGCUCGCUCCACUGACAGCGACUGGCGGCGGCUGCAAAGUCCCCACCGCCUGCGACAGUGUGGGACUGGGGAUAUCGCACCGGAGGAUCAUGUUCUGCGAUCGCAAACUCGACGCGCUGCUCCAUCAAAUCGACUCCUCGGGCCUUCUCACCGCUGCCUGCGGGCCGUUCUCUGUGUUCCCUGCGACCGAGGCUUGUCUUCAUGAGUCGGCGCCAACGUCAUGCGCUUUCGACGACGCCUUGAUAGACGAUGACUUGCUGCAGUAUGCAGGUCGCUCGCCGGAACUGGCCUCGCCAGCGAAUAACUUCGUCGUGGAACCUUGGUCGUGGAGAGGCAGCGAAUCCCCAGCGGAAUCCCUGGUCACAGCCAGCAGUCCUGGCGACACCACCGAUAUCACAUCAAUCAGCCCGAGUCCCACCCCACUGACUCCAUCUCGAGUGCCAGCGCACGUGGAGUGGCUGCUGCAUCACUACAAGACGGACAUCGUCGACCUCAUGACGGCCGUGACUACGCCGAAGGGCCCGUGGAAAACGGUGCACCUGCCUCGCGCCCUCCAGGGCUGCGGAGAACUCGCCUUUCGGGGCACGACAUCGCACGCCCGCAACGCGCUGCUACAUGCUCUGCUCACCAUUAGCGCCUACAACCUGGCGGCCAACGGCCACGGACAGGGGCAGGCAUUGGACGCGCAUAGCUGGCGAGAGGUCGCGCUUAAGCACACUGCCCAGUCGCUCACGUAUCUGAAAUCGUGUCUCCAACCGGGCUGCCCAGUGUCGGAGAGGGGCAAAUACAAAGAGGUUCUGGCGGCGAUGCUGUCCAUGAUCACCAUCGAGGUCUGUUCCGGAGACACAAGCUCCUCCAAGUGGCACCUUAAGGGUAUUGAGGACUUCAUUCACACCACUCAGCGCAAGCCUGGCCGCCGCUACUCGAGAAAAGCACAAUCCUUGCACCGCGACUACGUGUAUCUGCGCAUCAUGCGAGAAGCAACGGAUCUCCAAUGCGCCGCACUAGAUGCCGACCUGGGUCCCUGCUCAGAGGCGACGACAGCAUGGCUCUGCAGGCCGCUGUACUUUUUAGACAGCCUCAAUGUACCCGACAUGUGGCUCCAGGACUCGGGCCCGGGGGACUCCAUCGACCAUUCAGCCUGCGAGUUUGUUUACGGUGUUCCCUUGGAGCUGCUUGUUCUCGCGAGUAAGACGUCCGAACUCAUCCGCCGCAAGAGGACCUUUGCGCGACACCACCCGGGCUCAGUUGCCCCCGCGCCCUUCCUGAGCAUGUGCGACGACCUUGAACUCCAGAUUCUCAAGUGGCCGGUGGACCGUAUGGUGGAGAACAUCGCUCAGCUACCUAUUGCUGAGGAGUCACAAAGACUCAUCACGCACCAGACGCGCGCCUUUCUUCAGGCCGUCAUCAUCUACUUCUCCCGGCUUGUGCGCGGCGUACACCGACGCCACCUGCAGCCCUAUGCCGAGAGCAUCAUCGACCACCUCGAGACCGUCGAGCGUAUCAAGUGCGAAGCAAAUCUCACUACGGGCUGUAUCUCAUGGCCCUGGUUUGUGGGUGCCGCCGAGACCAUGACUGAGGACCUGCGCGGGCGUUAUCUGCAAUGGUCUAGAUCAAUCCGAUUCUACAAGCUCGGCGCAUACGACAAGGCUACUCUGGUGAUCUCGAAGGUCUGGGAGCGCGAUAAGACGGACAAGGGACUCGCGCCCGUUUGCGACUGGCCAACCAUUCUUGAGGCGGAGGAUAUCAGUCUCAUGCUAAUGUGA